AUGUCCAUGCUUCUCCUAACGUCCUCAUGCAGCCGCUCCGGCUCCCUCCCCUUCAGCUACCUCCUCCGCCCUUCCCCUCGCCUCUUCACCUGGUGGGGAGGGUUACCUGGUGGGAAGGGUUACCUGGUGGGGGGGGGGGGGGUACCUGGGGGGGAGGGUUACCCUUUUUACUCGAAUCAUGGAGAUGGUUACCUGGAAGCAAGAGCCGCAUACUUGGUGGGCAGGAUGAGUCACUUGCUGUGUGGAAGCAGGGCGAGCAGUCGACCUGUUUCGGCCACUGCUGGUAGCACCCUGCCCUUUGAUGAUGUGAUGCCACCUGGUGGGAUGUUGAGGGGAGGCAUUAUGGCAUGGAAGGGUGGAGGCAUGGAUGGAGGCAUGGAUGGAGGCAUGGAGGGAGGCAUGGAUGGAGGCAUGGAUGGAGGCAUGGAUGGAGGCAUGGAUGGAGGCAUGGAUGGAGGCAUGGAUGGAGGCAUGGAUGGAGGCAUGGAUGGAGGCAUAGAUGGAGGCAUGGAUGGAGGCAUGGAUGGAGGCAUAGAUGGAGGCAUGGAUGGAGGCAUGGAUGGAGGCAUAGAUGGAGGCAUGGAUGGAGGCAUUGAUGGAGGCAUAGAUGGAGGCAUGGAUGGAGGCAUGGAUGGAGGCAUGGAUGGAGGCAUGGAUGGAGGCAUGGAUGGAGGCAUGGAUGGAGGCAUGGAUGGAGGCAUGGAUGGAGGCAUGGAUGGAGGCAUGGAUGGAGGCAUAGAUGGAGGCAUGGAUGGAGGCAUAGAUGGAGGCAUGGAUGGAGGCAUUGAUGGAGGCAUAGAUGGAGGCAUGGAUGGAGGCAUGGAUGGAGGCAUGGAUGGAGGCAUGGAUGGAGGCAUGGAUGGAGGUAUGGAUGGAGGUAUGAAUGGAGCACUCUGA